CCAUCACCAUCAGUUAUAGUAGAAACCUGUAGCUCCUGUUGCUGUAGUUGCUGUUUUCAAGAAGAAUGCUUUACCAUGGAAGGAGGACGGGCAUGACGGGCAGAAAGCGAUCGAGUAAAGGUGACGUCAUGGAACUUCCAGUAGAACUGUUUUGUCUGGGGUUGCCAGAAUUCAUUUUCCUUUUGAGGAUCAUAGCGUGCUCCACGAUAUGACAGCUGAAAUGUAAUCUCAACCUGAAUUAUUUGGACAAGAUUUUGUGUUCACAGCUCUUACAGCAGCAGGCAGUUGCUGACAUGAAUUCCAUCUACAUCACAGUUCUGUUGAUCACUGGAGUCAGUGUUGGUUAUGGUGACAGUAUAUCAACAAACUGUUUAAACGGGUUCACUAGUGAACUGUCACAAAUUCAGAAUAUAAGCUCCUUGAACAUCACAAUGAACAUCACAGGCCCUUCAGGGUUGAACAUUAGGAUUUCUGAUAGCGCAACUCAGUUAGAAUGCAACUGGGGGCACCAUGAAUGUCACAUAGAGUGUGAAUUUCUCAGUGGCACCAAGAACCUAAGCAGCCUACUGGAAGAGGAAAUAUGCGUACAAAAUAGCCAAGACACUCAACUUGACUUCAUCCUAAGUAAAUCCAAUAAAAGUUGUAAUGUCACAAUGUGCAGAGAAGACAGUGUAAUCACACUAAUGGAUGGAAUCAAUAACAUCAAUUCUACAGCAAAAGAAUUGAAAAGAUUGCUUAUUAUUAAAAACAUGUGUGCGGAUUUGUUUAAUAGCAAUAACAUUACAAAAUCAUACAUCAGGACAGAGAAAAAGUGCAUACUUGACAUCAUCAGGAUACCCUUUAAAGAGAAUAGAGAAGACUUUGACCUAGAGGACUUGGCCAUGACUGUGGUUAGGAUGGACAAGAGCACCGUUAAUGAUGAUUUUGUAAAGAUCAGUACUCCUCAGGUCUCAGAUCGUCUCCUGUCUGUGACUACAAUGAUCCCUGUGGAGCGUUUCCAAAAUGUUUCAGAAGAAAAGAGCAAGGUUGCUGUAGUUAUGUACUCCUCUGCCAAGCAGUUUAUGAUCAGCCAACGGAACAUAACGAUUUUGUCUCCAGUCAUUCGGAUUGAAGUUGUCGAUCAAAUCAUUAAAGAUUUGGCCAAGUCGCUUAGUAUCAAUUUCACACUGAAUAACAAUUCUGCAGUACCUGCAAACUAUUGCUUGUCAUGUCAGUACUAUGAUGAAGACAAUCACGAAUGGAUAGGCCGAAAAUGUCUCAGUCCCCGAGACUAUUAUAACGACAGCAACAUUGCAAACUGCUCGUAUGAUCACAUGACUCCCUUUGCUGUUCUUAUGGUUGACGUGCAAAUAGAUAAAACGCACUGGCAAAUCUUGUCGUAUAUAAGCUACAUUGGGUGUGGUAUCUCAGCACUUUUCUCUCUUGCCGCCAUCCUUAUCUUCUUUGUCAAGAGGACACCAACCGCAGACUCCUCCAACAGCAUCCAUGUAUCUCUGAGUGCCGCCCUGUUGCUCCUCAACACCAGCUUUCUGUUUAGCGAGUGGGCAGCCAGCUGGUCUAUAGAGGGCGUCUGCGUGUUCGUGGCUGUGAUGAUAGAGUACAGCCUGCUGUGCUGCUUCUCCUGGAUGGCCAUUGAAGCACUGCACGUGUACCUGCUUCUGAUUAAAGUGUUCAACACCUACAUCAGACACUACAUGGUCAAGCUGUCCUUGUUUGGCUGGGGGGUGCCUGCUCUUUUUGUUGGAGCAUCUCUGAGUGUGUACAAGGUUAAGGCUUUCUACGGCAGCAAGAAGGUGACAUUAACAGACACCACAGAUAAAACAACAAUCUGCUGGGUCACUGAUGUUUUCUUCCUGUACGGAAUGAACAUCGCCUACUACAGCAUCGUGUUCUUGUCAAACACGGCCGUUCUCUCGACAGUGGCCUCUCAGAUUUGUAAGCUACGGCGUUUGGGAUCCAAAGGCAAGAAGCUUCCUACUUGUAAGGACAUUAGUACUGUGCUGGGCCUGACCUGCCUGCUGGGAUUGACGUGGGGCUUGGCUUUUGUUACCUCUGGAUACACAAAUUACCCCGUCCUCUACCUCUUCUGCAUCUGCAACACCCUGCAAGGGUUAUUCAUGUUCCUGUGGGUCUAUGGGACGAUGAGGAAGAAUCGGCGUGUGGCGGCAGAAACCCUAUCUCCAACCGAGCCCUACAGCUCCACAGGCAAACCGAAUACCAGCAGCUCCCAUGACUUUUCCCACUACUCAUAACAGACUUUACAGGGUGCGGUCAGCAUUCACCAACACAGAAGCUUCUUCAGCUUUGCCACAGACAUCACUGGAUAUCAAGAUGAGAACUGUCACAAGCCAUAAUCAACUGCACAGUCUACCUUUCUCCAUUCACUUGUUUUAUCAACAUCACAACAAUUUUAAGCUUUAGAAGUCGAGUUCAUACUUUCAAUUUACUCUACAAUUCGUGUGUAGCUGCGCAAUUACAUAUUUAAUUACAUAGUAAUUUACCACUGAAUUACAUUUACAUUCAAUUUUCAUCCUAAAUCGACAGGUUCGAGUCUGCAAUACUGACCGUUUAUCUGUUUAUCUGUUUUUUUAACGGCAAGCAAUGACAAAAAACAUUGCAAAGACAAGAUUGUAUGCAUAACAAUAACUUUUUCAAAUUAAAAUUAUAAUAAAAUAUAUCCUGUUUUUUGAAACAGGUCACCAUGUGGCAGACUUGAUUUAUCUCCUGUGCAAGCUUACCAUGCUGUACCAAUAAGAGUCCUUGGGCAAGACUUCUAAUGCUACAUUAGCCUACCUCUGUAACAUGAUUAAGUCACUUUAGAUAAAAGCAUGUUCCAAAUGUAUAAAUGUAAAUGUAACUUAGGAAAGUUUA